UUAAUAAAAAAAUUGUUGUUUUUAUUGCAGUAGUAAUAAAGUUUACAAUUUUUUAAUGUUGUUUUAAUAUUUUAUUGAUUAUUAUAAAAAUUAUCGACGCUUCAAAGAAACUGAAAGGAGACUCCCAACACAGUGACCGUUAACCCCGAGAACUAAUAUCUGAGCUUUCCGGAAUUAUAUUUUUAAUUCGUUGCUUUUUCUUCAGUGGGAGAAAGUGAUUUCGUCAAAUAUCAACCAGACAGUUGCACAGCGCAGACAAUAUAUAGUAUCAAUUUACUUUUGUUUUUAGGCGAAGGGCUUGGAAAUGGCAGGAGUCAUGAAUGAAGAAAAGAUGCAAAGUCUCAUAAGAGGGUUGGAACGGCUCGAAAGCAUAGAAGCUGACAAAAUGGAAGAUUUACAAAUAGCAAGGUUGCGGACUGGCAAGGAAGCGAGGAAUGAACUUCAAAAUUGGUUGAGAAAUGUAGAAAGGAUGAAAGCUGAAGUUCAGAAAAUAAAAGAAAAAUGGGAGCAAGGUGGAUUGAGAAGCAUACUAUUAGGAAACCGUGUGGAGAAAAUGACUGAAGAAGUGAAGGAGCUAAUCGGUCAAAGUGGUAGAUUUCAAGUUCAGGAACAUCUUGUACUUGAGACACAUGAUAACAGUGGAGUUGCACUAUUGGCCCCAAGAUUAGUGGGUGAACAAUUUGAAAUCAAUAAGAAUAAGAUAUGGGAGUGGUUAAUGGAGGAUGAAGGCUCAACAAUUGGUAUUUUCGGAAUGGGAGGGGUUGGGAAAACCACGUUGGUUACUCAUGUCCAUAAUCAGCUUUGCGAAAUACAGAGAAAAGUUUACUGGAUCACUGUAUCACAGGACUUCAGCAUUCAAAAAUUGCAGAAUCAUAUUGCUAAAGCUAUUGGCCUCAAUAUUUCAGAUGAAGAUGAUGAGAAGAAAAGAGCUGCAUUGUUGUGGAAAGCAUUGGAGAAAGAGAAAUUUGUUAUCAUUCUAGAUGAUUUGUGGGAAUCUUUUUCUCUAGAGAAGGUGGGUAUAUCUAUCUCUAGAGAAAAUGGAUGCAAAUUGAUCAUUACGAGUCGGUCUUUAGAAGUUUGUAACAAGAUGGACUGUCAGAAGAAGUUUAAAUUGCAGCCUCUUAUUAAAGAAGAAGCUUGGGGCUUGUUCCAGCAGAAACUCGGGGAACAAAUUCCAGCGGAUUUUCACGAGAUCGCAAAAUCUAUUGUAAGGGAAUGUGCUGGUCUGCCACUUGGAAUUAUAACAAUCGCUGGCUGCAUGAGGGGAAUGGAUGAUUUAAGUGAAUGGAGGAACACAUUGAGGGAGUUGAGAGAAUCAAAAUCUAGCGAAGUUGAUAUGGAAAACGAGGUGUUCCGGAUAUUGAGAUUUAGCUAUGGUCGCUUGAGAGAUAAAGCAUUGCAAAUGUGUUUCUUAUAUUGUGUAUUAUUUCCUGAAGAUUAUGAGAUUGGAAGAGUGAAGCUGAUAGAAAGCUUGAUUGAUGAGGGAGUAAUAGAAGAAAGAAGCAGGCAGGCAGAAUUUGAGAAGGGCCAUAGCAUGCUCAAUAAACUUGAAAGAGUCUGCUUGUUGGAAGGUGUUAGUGACUAUAACGGUUGCCCAUAUGUGAAGAUGCAUGACUUGAUUAGGGAUAUGGCCAUCCAAUUAAUGGAAGUGGAUACAAAUUCGAAAACACCUGUCUGUACAACUUCAGAAGUGGUAGAUUGCGACAGUUGGAAUGCAGAUCUUGUGAGAAUUUCAGUAAAGGACCGGUAUUAUGAAAUGCAUCCUAAACUUUCAGUCGUGGUGUUACGUUACGCUGAUUUUGAAGGGAUUUCAAUUCCUUUACUUGAUAAAUGGCAUGGGCUUAAGAAUCUUAAUAUCUCUGUGGAUCCAUAUAUUCAGAAAUUGCCUGAUUAUGUCUCUAACCUAUCUAAUCUCACUGCAUUAUCACUCAGAAAUUGUAGAGUUUUGAGGUAUGUGCCCUCAUUAGAAAAGCUGAAGGCACUGAAGAAGUUGGAUCUCAAUUUUACUAGAGUUGAAGAAGUGCCUCAAGGCAUGGAAUUUCUUUUCAAUCUUAAGUACCUAGGUCUCUUUAGAACUUCCAUAAAGGAGUUUCCGCCUGGCAUAUUACCAAAACUUUCUUGUCUGCAAGUCCUCCUACUUGACCUAGGAUUAUCAGUUGAAGUAGAGGAAGUGGCAUCCUUGAGGAAGUUGGAAUCUUUGUGCUGCUGGUUUCAUGAUUUAAAUGAGUUUAACACGCAUUUUCAGUAUAUGGAAGAGCCUCCUGAGCUUAAAUUGAGGAACAGGGGCAUGUGGAAGGAAGUUCCGCUAAAAGCUUAUUUUCUUUGGAUAAGAAGUUCAAGGGGCUUUCCAUAUGUUGACGCUGCUGAGGAGUUCACUGAUAAGAUACUGCAUAUAGGAGAAAAACUAGAGUUUGUGCUCGGUAAAAGAGUAAUUUCGGCUUUUUACGGUAUAGAACAUGACAAGGAGUGGGAGGAGAAACGGGUUGAAAUUCAAUUUUACAAUAGAGGAAUGUGCUUGAAAAAUGAAUCUAGAUUGAAGUGGUUGGAUAUUUGUUCUAUGUUUGGGAUUGAAUGUUUGUCUUCAUUGUGUUCCUCGUCUGCACUUCAAAGCCUUGAGAGGAUAGAAAUUAAUCAAUCGAUGGACUUACGUGCACUCAUUAGUACAGCAACACCAGCUGCCACAAUUCCUGCAACUACCUUUUCCAUUCUUAAACAGUUCAAAAUAUUUAAAUGUCCAGGUAUAAAGAAGCUAUUCCCUCCUGGCUUGCUCUCAAACCUUCAAAAUCUGGAAAAGAUUGAAGUUGAUGAUUGUGAAAAUAUAGAGGAGCUAAUUGCAGAGGAAGAAGAAGGAGAACAAGGACAAGAUAGGCAUCACAGCAAUGCUAGUUGUUCAAUCCCUUUACGAAAAUUGCAAUUAUUUUCACUGUAUGAUUCACCAAAACUAAAGAGCAUCUGUCAUGGAGAAAUGAUUUGCAUCUCUCUCAAAUCUUUUGGGGUAAUAAAUUGUCCGAAGCUACAGCGGAUACCAAUAUCUCUUCUCUCGUGGAUCAAACUAUUCGGGCAGACACUUGAAGCUCCUCUCCCUUCUCCUUCUCUUAAACAAAUCAGAGUAUGGCCAAGAGAAUGGUGGGAGAUGGUUGAGUUGGAUAAUUAUAAGGCUAAGGAAGUCCUGUCACCCCUCGUGAACUUCCAUAGGAAACUCUUCAUUAUCAUUCUUCAGGGAUUGGAUGGCUUUAAAGCAGCAAUGAAUCUGAAGUUGAGGAUUUAUGCGACGGUGCAGAGUGAUCAGUUGCUCCAAUCUGAUAAUCUUACUUUGCUGAAUGCUUAAUUUUGUUGUCCUAAUUGUUUCAUUUUUAAUUAUGACCUGCACUAAUUUUAUUCAUCAUUAUCACUAAUUUUAUUCAGCUACUCGUAUUUGUAUAUUAGAAUUAAGAAAUUACUGGCAUGAGUACUAGGCCCAAUUAAAUUUUUGGCCCAUACUCAAGUUACAUUUCAUAUUGGAUUCUUUACACAAAUAGCAUCUAUUAUAUUUUUAUCUUACAAAAAAAUAGCUUAUAAAAAUACGUUUUUAAAGAAAAAAAAUUAUAAAAAUACGCUCAAAUUAUUACUUAUCUAAAACAAAAAAAUUUCAGCUAUUCUCAGAAAUCCAAACUUGUGCUUCUUCCUUCCUUCACUCUAUAAACUUCCAAAAAAUAAGAACAAAAGUUGUAACACUCUUCCUUCAGCAGUAAAACUUUCAUCUUCAACUUCUAACACUAAAACCUUCUUUCUUCCUUCCUUCAUUACAGUCUUCCUUUAAUGUUGAAAACGUCCAUUUUCGUCCCGCAACAACAUAAUCAGCGUGAAAGGGGUUAAAGUCCAUUAAAUUUCUCUAAAAACUACAUCUGAAAAGAAGACAAACCACUCCUACUUCCAUUU